AUGACGGCAUCGAGAUUCGUUCCCUUUGGAAGUGAAAAAAUCCGCGAUGAGCCUCUUCUAGACGAGACUAUGGAGUUUCAAUACGGGGUUUAUGAAUUGGAAGGCAUCAACGAUACCAACCCUCUUCGUGUCCCUCCCCAUAUCGACCCAACAACCAUGUUAUUCAACUUCCAAGAUUCACAUGCCGGCCUAGAGGUCGCAGAUCUUAUCAAUUCGACGGGCUGUUUAUCCGCCACAGCAGUUGAAAAGACCGCCAACUUUAUCCCAGUGCAUUGCCAGCCGGGAGAAUUUCUUGUGCUGGCUGGUCAUGUCUUGAGAAGACUUGUUUCGGACAUCAAGCACUCUGUGCAUCGGGUGAAGCGACCAGUGGGUAUUUCAGGAUUCCAUUUGAACUAUUGGAUCGUCCCGAAUUUAGAUACGAGUUGCAAUUUUGGAGAGAAGAAGGAGGAUGUUGCGGCGUAUCUGGCUAGAGUAUUUCCGGCUGCGUUGAAAAGUACCGUGCAGACAUAG